AGCAAUAAUCCAUUCAUUUUCCUUCUGCAACUAAGCUCUAUCUACACGUACCUAUAUAGAUAGCGCCAUUUCUCUAUCUAUCAAUCCUAUAAUUAAUAUAUGGCUUCUCAUACUACAACGGCAUGCAUUGCUGCCUUCUUAUCAUGUUUGCUUCUUCUUCUCUCUUCCUCGCAAUGCCAAGGACAGUUGUCCCCUACAUUUUACGACAAGACAUGCCCCAACGCUCUCAACAUCAUUCGCAUUGCUGUAAGGCAAGCCGUAUCCCGUGAGCGUCGCAUGGCCGCUUCCCUGGUUCGUCUCCAUUUCCACGACUGCUUUGUCCAGGGUUGCGACGCUUCCAUCUUAUUGGACGAGUCACCAACCAUUGAGAGCGAAAAGACCGCGUUGCCUAACCUUGGUUCUGCGAGGGGUUACGACGUGAUAGAGGCAGCUAAGCGCGAGCUGGAGAAAGCUUGUCCUGGUGUUGUAUCUUGUGCUGAUGUCUUGUCAGUAGCUGCACGUGAUGCAUCUGCUGCUGUGGGAGGUCCGUCGUGGACAGUGAAGCUGGGAAGAAGAGAUUCCACCACGGCUAGCCAUACCCUAGCUGAAACUGAUCUUCCCGGUCCUUUUGACAAUUUGGAUAAACUCAUAUCCAGCUUCUCUAGAAAAGGCCUUAAUACAAGAGACAUGGUUGCCUUAUCUGGUGCACAUACUCUAGGCCAAGCUCAAUGCUUCCUAUUUCGCGAUAGAAUUUAUAGUAAUGGUACUGACAUUGAUGCGGGUUUUGCUAGCACUAGAAGACGCCAAUGUCCAAAAGACACCGGAAAUGGAAAUUUGGCGGCACUUGAUCUAGUGACCCCAAACUCCUUUGAUAACAACUACUACAAGAACCUAUUGCAAAAGAAAGGUUUACUUCAAUCGGAUCAAGUUCUUUUCAGCGGUGGAGCAACAGACAGCAUUGUUUCAGAGUACGCCAGCAGCCCACGAGCAUUUCAAGCAGAUUUUGCUUCAGCCAUGAUUAAAAUGUCUGAAAUUCAGCCCCUCACAGGUCAAAACGGGAUCAUUAGGAAGGUGUGUGGUGCUUUGAACUAGCUUCGUUGUUUAGCUACCGCGUGCUACAUACUUUCUCUUCGGCACUGUUGUUUUUCUAGAGUAUUUAAUAAUUUAGUUUUCUACUCUCAUCAAUUUCAUUGUAUUUUUUUUCUUCAUAACCAUUGAUUUGUUAUUUAGAAAAAUGCAAUAAUAUUAUUUGUUGUAUUCUAAUCAA